CCAUCAAUCAACGAAAGAGAGGACCGUUAAUGUUCACUUAAUAAUCGUCUGUACGGUCUUUGGGGGCCGCCCCGUUCCUGUUUGGCUUUGACGAUAAGAUCAUUUCAUCCGUGGUAGCACUGCAUCCUUUUAUGAGCUGUAUCGUCCCUUGGAGAAAGAAGCCCAUCCAUCUAACCAUGGAAUCCACUGUAACAGGUCGAAGGUAUCAUGGACCCAAUCCAAGGACCGGUAGAUACACUUUAUCCGCCCACAACCAGGACAUUGUAUUCUCUGUCCCCUUGGUCGGUUCGGUUCUGGGAGGUCUCGCAGCAUCACCCCUGAAUUUCCGCCUUGACCGAAAAUGGCCCGUGCUGAUGGCGCAUGCCAUUUCUAUCUGUGGUGAUUUGCUUCAAGUCUUCGCUACUAGCCUGGCGGCGUUCAUGGCUGGACGGUUCAUAAAUAGCAUUGCCAGGGUCAUCCGCCAAUGGCACCGCUCCCCUAUAUCUUUCAGAGGUGGUUCCUGCCUCCAUGAGAGGUAUAAGUGUGACAUCAAUCGACAUUUUGAACCUGACGGGGGGAGUGAUCGGAAAAGUUGUGAUGGCUACAACUAAAAAACGAGGAGGUAGAGUGUCAUACAUGAUUCCUUUGGC